AUGCUGUCUCACCAACUAGCCCAACUUUCUGCGCUUGUUCAGUUCCUUGAUCAGGGUAUCAUAAAGGCAUUCAAGGUAGGCUACCGGAGGCGUCUGCUUCAGCGCCUCCUGAUUAAUCUUCGAAUGGGUGUGGACCUCAAGAUCGACCUGCUGGGUGCCAUACAAAUGAUGACCGGUGCCUGGAAUGACGUCAAGCGUGAAACAGUAGCUAACUGCUUUCGCAAGGCGGGCUUCGUAGCAGUUGCAGACGAGGCGUGUGCGGAUGCCUUGGACGAUGACGACUUCGAGUACGCUCUUGACGACGAGCUUCGAAAGGUCGCAGAGUUCCCAGAAGCCGUUCCCACUGAUCUGACGGCACAUGAUUUUGUAAGCUCCGACGACAAUGUGCACGUUGUGGCAGAGAUGACGGAUGCGGACAUAGCGCACGUUGCUGGUGACGACGGCGAUUCAAGCGGCGAUGAAGGCUCACUGGGAGGUGUUAACAGCGACGAUGUCAUGCCCACAGCCACCGAGAUCGCUUCGGCUUUCGCUACCAUUCGUCGCUGCUGCGGGGCAAUAGAAGGAGCUGGACUUUCUCAUUUAGGAAGCCUCGAGAAGAUCGAAAAUAGUGUAAUGGACUUCAUGGCUCGCAACAAGAGACAAGCCCAACUCACGGAGUUCUUUCGUCCCAAAUAA